AUGCACACCAGUAACAGAGAAAGAGUAAAGAAAGGAAAGAGAAAGGAAAGAGAAAGAAUGGUGCAAAGAUAUGAUGAAAGAGUUCAGAUUCUUGUGUAUGUCGAUGACAUACUGAUUACUGGAAGCAAUCCCAAAACAGUGACUGAUAUCAUCACUCAUCUUCACAAUACUUUUUCUCUCAAGGACCUGGGAGAGCUUAAGUAUUUUCUUGGAAUAGAGGUUACAAAGAACAGCAAUGGUCUUGUUCUGACUCAAUCAAAAUAUGCAAAAGAUCUGUUGCAUAGAGCAGAUAUGCAAGAUGCCAAUCCCAUUGCCACACCAAUGAUCAGUGGACAAAAACUCUCUGCACAUGGAAGUGAACACUUUGCUGAUCCUCAGAUGUACAGAUCAAUAGUAGGGGCACUCCAAUAUCUUACAAUCACAAGACCCGAGUUGUCCUACAGUGUGAAUAAAGUUUGCCAAUUCAUGCAAAAACCUCUUCAAUCUCACUGGUUAGCUGUCAAAAGAAUCCUACGAUAUGUGGCUGGCACUUUACAACAUGGUCUGCAUCUCACCAAAUCUUCCUCACUGGAAUUAACAGCCUACUGUGAUGCUGAUUGGGCUUCUGACAUUGAUGACAGAAGAUCAACAUCAGGGUUUGCUGUAUUUCUAGGACAGAACUUAAUCACAUGGAAAUCUCAGAAGCAACACACCAUCUCAAGGUCCAGUACUGAAGCCGAGUAUCGAAGCCUUGCCAAUGUUGUUGCUGAAAUUGCCUGGCUUCAAUCUCUGUUUUCAGAACUUCACAUUCAUUAUUUUCUGAAAUUGCCAAUGUUUUACAACUUUUUCACUAGGAUGCCCUAG